AUGUCCCCUUACUUAAGACAAACUAGCAUCGCCGGCAAGGUUGCCCUCAUUACUGGUGGUACCAAGAACUUGGGUGGUGAAACCGCCAGAGAAUUGGCCUCCCUCGGUGCCAACGUUUUUUUGCACUACAACUCUAACCCAGAAGGAGCCAAGGCUUUUCAAACUGAAUUGAAGACCUCCUACCCUAAGGUUCAGGUUGAGAUCUACCAAGGCAGUUUGGCUAAGGCAGAAGACUUGACCAAGUUAUUCGAAGCUGCCAAGAAUGCUUUCCCACAGGGUGUUGACAUCGCCAUCAACAACGUUGGUAAGGCCGUCAAGAAGCCACUUGUCACAGUCUCAGAAGAAGAAUUCGACGAAUUGGACAGCAUCAACCAUAAGGUUGCCUUCUUCUUCUUGAAGGAAGCUGCCAAGAACGUGAAUGACAACGGUAGAAUCGUGUCCAUCGUCUCAUCCUUGUUGGCUGCCUACAUUCCAAACUACUCUGCCUACCAAGGUACAAAGGCCGGUGUUGAAUUCUACUCCAGAGCUUUGUCCAAGGAAUUGCAGUCCAGAGGUAUCACCGUCAACAGUGUUGCACCAGGUCCAAUGGACACUCCAUUCUUGCACAAGAUCGAACCAAAGGAAGUCGUUGGUCACUUGAAAUCCGUUGCCCUCGGUGGAAGAUUGACCGAAGUCCCAGACAUUGUGCCAAUCGUCAGAUUCUUGGUUGGCGAAGGUGCCUGGAUCACUGGACAAACCAUCUUCGCUUCCGGUGGUUUCACCACCCGUUAA